UAAAAUCGUUUUUCGCAAACAAGAACCCUAAACAAAAAGCCUCUCUGCCUGACUUUCUGCUUUUCCCCGUUUCUGUGCGCUUGUGUGCAAUUUUUUGGGUUCCUCCCCUGAAAUUAUAACGGCGUAGCCUUCCGAGCUUAAUCCAAAGGUCAAUCUCUGGUUAAAUGGCUUUCACAGGUCGAUUGCGUGAACUGAUGAAGAAGUAUGGCAAGGUGGCUUUGGGCGUCCACUUCUCCGUCUCCGCUGCCUCCAUUACUGGUCUUUACGUUGCAAUCAAGAAAAACGUCGACGUUGAAUCUGUCCUCAGCAAAGUGGGUAUCUCCCACAUCUCCAAAGAAGAAGAACAGGAAAAAGUGGAAACCUCUUUUUCUGAAUCCGGAACAUCGGAUGGGUUCUUAGAAGAAGAAAGAAUGGAACUACCCAUCUCGACUGAUCAACAGAUGACGAAGAAGAACCGCACUGCUGAGCUCGCGGCUUCUAGUGGCGGAGCUCUUGCUUUGGCUAUUCUAUGUAAUAAAGCUUUGUUGCCCGUCAGGAUUCCGAUCACUAUCGCUCUCACGCCGCCGAUCGCGAGAUUCCUGGCGAGGCGACGAAUCAUCAAGAAUCGUGUAUGAUCUUUAUCCGGUUAUUUAUUUAAUCCAUCUCUCGCAUGCUUUUUUAUCUUUUUUAUUGUUAGUCAAAAGUUUGUAUCAAAUGUGUUCUUUGAAGUGGAUUUUUCCAUACUUUGAUAGAUUUAGGUUAUGGAACUAUUUACGAAUUGGAACUGGUUCUCAGAAUCUCAGAAUGGGUUAGUUUUUUCUUUUGCUGAGAUAAUGAGAUGCCAUUGUUUCUCAGUUCUCUAGGACCCAAGUACAGAGAGGAGGAAUAGAAAAACAGAACAAUUGCAAGUGUUGUAAGUGUUAUCAAGAAAACAACUGCCCUCAGUGAGUCAGUGCCGAUAGAAGAAAAGGCUUGCAUAGUUGUUUUAAUUUUUUUAUUGAAAAUCUAUGUUCAGACUUCAGAUGCUCUUUUACAAUAAGCAAUAUACAAGUUAUUGCAAAUA